AUGAAGACCCCAGCAAGGAUGGAGGUGCCCAACACCAAGAGGGGCAGGGGGGAGUUGAACACCACAGAGAGGGGACAGACCUGGGUCGGGCAGUCCCCAUCUCUGCCCUGUCACUGCCCUGCCCUAACGCUGCCCGUUCUCUGGCAGCCCCAGCGAGCUGCCUGCCUCCUGCUGCUGCUCCUGCUCUGCUCCCUGGCCGCUGCCCGGCACAACCUGCCCCACUGCUGCCGCCAGAAAACCUGCUCCUGCCGUGUCUACGACCUCCUGCACGGCAUGGGCAACCACGCCGCCGGCAUCCUCACGCUGGGCAAGAGGAAGAGCGUCCCCCUGGCUUUCCAGAGCCGCCUCUACCGCCUGCUCCACGGCUCCGGCAACCACGCUGCGGGCAUCCUCACCAUGGGCAAGCGCGGGCAGCAGCCGGGCACCGUCUGCCCCGAUGUGCUGGGCUGCCCUGCGGGCACGGUCGCCCAGCCGACAGCGGUGCCACGGGGCGCUGCCACCAGCCCUGACAGCCCCAGGGAGUGCCAGGGACACUCAAGGAAGGACCUGAGCACCAGCCAGGGAGCUGCAAGGAGCUUUUACUGAACGGGAUGGGGGCAGCGGGACACACAGAGGGGAUCCCUGGCAGGACGGACUGCGGGGACGCACAGGAGCUCGGUGUAAAUAGCACUUUUAGAUACCUCCUCCCUGUCCUGGCCCUGGCCCAGCCUGCUCAGGGCACCGCGGGCACCGCGGCCUUUUACAAUAAAUUGUAGCCUGAUGUCA